AUGGAUGCCAAAGCUGCUGCACUCAAAUUUGCUUGUGCUUCAAUAAGUUUUGGUAAUUCUGAAUUCAUAUCUGAAUUGCUUUUGUAUCCAUGCAGAACAAUUAAUGUUGACCAUUUUAAUGCAAGAUACGCCGUUAAAGAUGUAUUCAUACUACAAAAGAACUUAUUAUUAGUAACUUAUAAAUAUUAAUACACUAUAUAAAAUUCAAACUUUUAAAAUAAAUGUAUUCAAGAAACUAAUAUAACUACAUACGUAGGAACUACAUUUUUAUGCCAUGUAGCCUGUUCUACAAUAACAUUUGUCAUAUGUUUUAUUGUAGGUAUUGGUUGUUUUUUUAACAGUUCUUCGAUUAAAUUUUUCACGUAAGAUUGGGAAGCAGUAUCCUUAUAUCGAUGUAAAGUAGAAGACAUGGUUUUGCAAAUUCCAUUGACAAUCUUCUCAUUGAUGCCUAAAAAUACAAAAAUGAUAUAUUAAUUUGAGUUAACUUUUAAUAAAAAAAUUAAUUUUAGUUUUAACAAAAAGAAUCAGAUAAAAGUAUCUCUAACAUUCUAAUAUUUAAAAAAAAUAUUAAGCUUCAAUAUGAUCUCAAGCUAUCAAUAUGACCUCAUAAUGACGUUAUUAAAAAUAUAUAUAUAUAUGCAUAUUUAUGAUAAUAAUUCUAUUUUUAUAAUUGACAUUAAAACUGAGAGAAAAAUUGAAAAAUUAAAAAUUAUAGAUGCAAUGUAUAUAAAAAUUGUAAGUGUCAUAAUAAAAAAAUAACAUUAUUGUAAAUAAGAAAUAAGGGUAAACUUUGAUAUCAUAUUUUAGUAAAAAAGGAAAACAUUUUUUGGAAAUACUCUUCCUUUCCAAAAUAUACACAUUUAAUUUUUUUGAAAAUUCAUCAAAAUAACUAUCAAAUGUAGAAUUUCAAGCAAAAUUUCUUUCAGUAUAUAAAUUGUAUUACUCAAUAUUAUUUUUCUUGAUGCAUUAAUUUCAAAAUAUAUUUAUAGGAUGCAGAAAAAUUUCCUCUUUUCACUAACAAAUGUUUUUAAUCUAAAAAGUUAUAAAUCUUUAUCAAGAUAUAAUUCGUAUUUUCAUUUCUUACCAGGAUUUGACAACACAUUGACGACAUUUUGUAGAAGCACUCGCCGCUCGUUUUUACUGGCGGUUUGAAUUCGAUUCGGUAAAUCUUUUAAUGCUUUCGUUAACUGUAACAAAAUCAAUCAUAAAGAAUUAGUAAUUACACGAUAAUAAUAUAGUUUCUGAACUUCCACGUGACAGACUCACCUCAACAUCCGCCAUAUUUCUUCAAAAACCGGACUAUCUUAAAGCGCCAUCCAUCAUUGGCUUAAAUAGCAUCCAAAAUAUAUAUACUACUGAAAAUUGUUAUUCUUUUGAAUUAUGUAUCUUAUUUAAUUAAAUGUGUAUUUUAAUAAUAUAAAUAUGUAUUUUAGGAAUAUAUUUUAAAUAUAUAUUUUUUACUUAAAAAAAAAAAAAAAUGUCAAAUAUUUGUUUUUACAAUAAUAUAAAUAUCAUUUUACUUCUAUAUUUCAUAAAAUUGAUUCAUGUUACAUAUAUAAAUAUUAUAUUUUUAUAAAUUCAAAUAUUUAAGUUCAUAUGUAAAAAAAACAUUUAUGUUGGAUUUAUAGAAUAUUUGAACAUUUCGAAAAUAAAGAAAUUGCGAAUUAUAAUACUUAUAUAUAUAUAUAUAUAUAUAUAUAUAUAUAUAUAUACUUUCAAGUAUUAAUUAUGAAAUAUUAAUUAUUUGCUAUUUUAUUAUAUAUAUAUACGUAUCUUGUAUAAUUAAGUAGAAUAUAUAAUUAAAUAGAACAUAAUAAUAUAUAUGAUUAUUUGUUAUUUAUGAAAAAAAUAUCAUUAAAAAAAUAUUUAGCAUUGUAUUAUUUUUAAUUAUUACAUAUUAAGCGCUAAAUAAUUUUUUAUACAUGCUUACUUAUCAAUUAAUGACGGCAAUUAACUUAUUAGUAAAAUUUAUAGAAUAUUAACAGCUGUCUAAUUUAAUUAUAUUAGGCUGCUCUAAUUUUUUCAAUUUUUAUACGAUUUUCAAUUUUUAUUUCAAGUUUAAACUUUUCUAUGUUGGUAACAUUGUUAGUCUGUUUAAUAUGUAUUAUUAUGUGUGUUGACAGUGAAUUUGUGUACAUACAUGUUUAUUUAUUCUUUAAAAAAUUUAUUGUUACAAACAUAAUCAACACACAAACAUAAAUUUUAUAGUUCUAAAGGACCAAUAAGACCAAUUUGGCAUUAUUAUAAAACUGACAUUUGUGAAUAUUUAAAAAAGAAUUAAUUUCAACUGUUUUAAAUUCAAUAAUUUAUAAUAUUUUAUUUUUUUAUAAUUUAUAAUAUUCAAUAAUGUAAAUAAUUUUGUAGACAAAACAUUUAGUAUGACUGCUAUACCAAUUCACAUUGAAGGGUGGAGUGUAGAUAAGAUUUUAGGUUCUGGAGGAUUUGGUAUUGUUGAACUUUGGACACAUGAAAGUGGUAAAAAAAUUGCAAUUAAGAUAUGUAAACGAGAUAUCAGGCAAUUAAAAGAAACACAACGCAAAAGAUGGAUUCAUGAAAUACAGAUAAUGAAACGUUUAAAGCAUCCAAAUAUUGUUAAAGGAUUAGAGUUACCAUUUAAACAUCCAGAUGAUAAAAUAGAUUUACCUUUAUUAUGUAUGGAAUUUUGUAGAAAAGGUGAUUUAAGAAAGAUCUUAAAAAAAGGAGAAAAUUGUUGUGGUGUUAAUGAAAAAGAAGCAAUUAAUGUAAUGAAAAAUAUUUCUUCUGCAGUAGAAUAUUUACAUUCUAAUAACAUUACUCAUCGUGAUUUAAAACCUGAGAACAUAGUUCUACAAGAUGAAUAUAAUAUUAUUUCAUAUAAAUUAAUAGAUUUGGGAUAUGCGAAAGAACUUGGAGAAGAUAGUAACUCAGGAUCUUUAGUAGGUACAUUAAAUUAUAUAGCUCCAGAACUACUAUGGAAAUUAACAUAUAGUUGUUCUGUUGACUACUGGAGUUUAGGUAUUCUUUUUUAUGAACUUGUCACUGGAACAAGACCAUUUCUGCCUAAAAUGCAACAUACUAUGAUGCAACAUAUUAAAAAUAAAAAAUAUGAUGAUAUCUGUGCUUUUAAAUCAGAAGGAAAGAUAAUUUUCGGUCAAGAUAUUGUUGGUCCUACAAAUUUAUCAAAUAAUUUCCGAAGUAAGUUGGUACAAUGGUUUAAAGUUGUUUUACAAUGGGAUCCAAAGAAAAGAGGAAAACAACAUGAAAGUGGAGUAACAAAGUUAGUGGUAUUUGAAUUGUUGCAUUCUAUUCUAUCAAAACAGAUAGUUUAUGUGUUUGCUGCAUCGAUAUAUAAAACUAAUGCAUAUGAAGUAGAUAGUACUACUAAAAUUACAGAUUUACAAUCUAUGAUUGAAAAGGAUACUAAUAUACCAAUAAAUCAACAAACUUUAACAGAUUACUUUGGUAAAGUUCUUAUUGAAAAUCAAACACCACUUUUAUCACAAAUUCAGGAUUCAGUUUUAUUCGUUUUUAAAAAUGGAAGUCCUUUAAAAGAGAUCAUUCCUAUGCCAGUUAUUCCUCUAGAAAUUCAAAAAAUGAUAGAAUUGCCAAAAAAUCAAUUAGAUUUUGAAACAUUACAAGAUUAUUACAAAGUAACAAUAUUUUUUAUCAAUCAAGAAAUAAAUUUGUUUCGACUGUUUUUUUUUGCCUUAACUAUAAAAGUCGAUUUGGUAAUCACAAGAUUUGAUACAUUUAAUAAAGAUAUGACAAAUAUAUUAAUAAAUAUAAAUAAGCUUUUAAAUGAGCUAUCUACAAUUCGUAAUAAAUGGAAGAAAGGAUCUAUAGAUAAGGAGAAGCUAACAGCUUUGGAAAUUAAUUAUGAAAAGGUUACUAAACUUGUUAAGGCCGCUGAUCAAAUAAAAUUAAAAUUUGAUUUACUAAUACAAGAAAGCAGUAAAUUAAAUGAUGCAGUGAAAUCUGUUGAUUACAUUAAAGAUAUGUUUGAAAUAUAUAAUAAAGUCACAGAAAUUUAUGAAUUACAUAGAGAUGAAUAUUCUCAUAAAGGUACAAGACCAACAGACAUAGUAAAAUUAAUUUUUGAAUUCUUAAAAAUACAAGGAGCACAAUUUCGCAAUAUUUUUGUAAUUAUAAAACAAGUAGCGAAAUUAGAAUCAGAACUACGAACAUUGGAAAUGAUUUUUAAUUCAGUUAUUGCUAUGGAGAGAGUGUACUGUGAAGAACUUCAAAAUAUAACACAACAGUCUCUUAAUAAUAUCUCUAAUGAAAAAUGUUUAAAAAAUGAAACUACAAACAUUCUAUCAAAUAUAGAAAUGUCAAAUGAAUUUAAUAGUAAUCAACCUUUAAAUAUAUCUAAUGCUAAACAUCAAGAAAUGAUAGAUAUGAGACAAAAUGAUGUGAUAUAUGAUAACUUAGUAAUACGUUAUACGUAUGUUUCAUUACGACUUUCAUUUUAAAAAAUAAGUAUAUCUGAAAUGAAAGCAUAAAUAUAUUUUUAUUUUUUAUUUUGGCAGAUUGGACAAUCUUUUAAUGGAAAUGCAAAAUAGGUAUAUGGAACUACUUAGUUUAGAACCAUAA